AUGCCAAAUCAAGCACGAGCUCCUCUGACACGAGCACGUUCAGACGAUCACGACUCAUCGCAACGAAGACGUGCUCGACUCAGCAGCACGCGUCUUGCCACCAAGCACUCGCCGUUUCACAGUCUUCUCACAGCCCGCCAGCGACGCACUUUCAGCGAUACGUCAAGUAACUUCAGUGACAUGCCGAAACUAAAGAGCAAUACGGCCAAAUCAGUCAAGGUGUUCCGUGGCGAGGCCAGAGGUAUCCUACAUGGCAUCUUCUUUGUGCUGCUGCUGCGCUUCUUGCUAGUGCUUGUGGUUGCAGUGGGAACGUUUGGUAUUGCCGCUGUAUUAAUCCUCAUGAUUAAGGAGCCAGGCGUAUCACUCACAAGCUAUUUGACCUUUUAUUCGUGA